CAAAAAAUUCUUGAGUAGCCCUUGUUCGCGAGAACAGUCGAAGUCCGCGAAGAACUGUCUAUUCCCGCCAAAGCGUGCUACACUUUAUUUUGUUCAAUUCUUAAUUGAUUAUUCUUUAUCGAUUAGUAAAAGAUUGUGACCCUACAGUCAAUAUAACAUCAUUCCUAAGAGUCAUUAAUAGAAUGGCAAACGUUUUAGUUGAUAAGGAUAUAUUUUUUAAAAGAAUUCAAAAUGUUUAUCAAUAUUGGAAAAAAUUUACACAAGAUGAAAGUCUGACAAUAAAUACUGAUGCAAUUGUUACUAUAGUUGGACAGGAUGAAGACAUUAUUUACAGCAAAUCAACUGCUCUUCAACAAUGGCUUUUAGGCUACGAACUAACUGAUACUCUCAUGGUGUUAUGUGAAACACAUAUAUAUUUCCUCGCUAGCAAAAAAAAAAUAGAUUUUCUAAAACCUAUUCAAACAAAAGUUGAAGGUCUACCACCAGUAACUCUUCUUUUGAGAAAUAAGACAGAUAACGAUGCUGAUAACUUUAAAAAACUCAUUGAUGCUGUGAAAAAGAGCAAAUCUGGAAAAACUGUGGGUGUGUUUCCAAAAGAUAAGUUCACAGGUGAAUUUGCUGAAAGUUGGAAAAAAGCUUUAGAUGCUGCAUCAUUUGCAAAGGUUGACUUAUCUUCUCAGUUUGCUUAUUUGAUGGCUCCUAAAGACGAAUCAGAAGUUAAUUUAAUAAAAAAAGCUUCUUAUGUAACUUCAACAUUAUUUGAUAAGUUCUUUAAGCAACAAGUUGUCAAAAUUGUUGAUGAGGAAAAAGUUGUAAAACACUCUAAGCUUGCUGAUUUAAUCGAACAAGCAUUAGAUGGUAAAAAGUUUUUAGGAGCUGGCAUGGAUGGUGAUCAGGUAGAGAUGUGUUAUUCACCUAUUAUUCAAAGUGGUGGCAAUUUUAACUUAAAGUUUAGUGCAGUUAGCUCUGAUGAAAAAUUAAAUUUUGGAGUCAUCACAUGUUCUUUGGGUGUGCGAUAUAAAUUUUAUUGUUCAAACAUUGUCCGCACAUUAAUGGUCGAACCAACAGAAGAACAGCAACAGCUUUACAAUUAUCUGUUAACUGUACUUGAUUUCAUAUUUGAUAAACUUAGACCAGGAGUUAAACUUGAAACUGUUUACUUGCAAACAAUAAAACACAUUGAGAGUACAAAACCUGAACUUAAAGAUAAUUUUGUUAAAAAUAUAGGGUUUGUUACUGGAAUAGAAUUUCGCGAAGGUUCUUUACUAUUAGAUUCAAAACAUUCACAGCAAAUAAAAACAGGAAUGGUUUUUAAUGUAAACAUUGGCUUCACAAAUUUAAAAAACAAACUUGCAAAAGAAGAGGCUAAUAAAACUUAUUCAUUAUUUCUUGGUGAAACAGUUUUGGUCAAUGAAAAAGAAGCUGCAACAGUUUUAACAACAUCAAAAAAACAACUAAAAAAUAUUGGCAUGUUUUUGAAGGACCCUGAGGAAAUAGAAGAUGAAAUUGUUGAAAAUGGAAUAGAUGAUCGGUUUCUUCCUGAAAAAAAGCAACGUGAAAUAUCUGCAGAAGAUAAAAGAAAAGGUCACCAGAAAGAGCUUGCUUAUCAGAUAAAUGAAGAAGCAAGAAAGCGUCUUCUUGAAAAUAAAUCUGGUUCUUCUAAUGAAAAAAUGUCCUUGCAGACAAACAUAGCUUAUAAAAAUAUUUCUCUUAUGCCAAGAGAUAGUACUGUGCAAGAUCUGCAAAUCUUUGUUGAUAGAAAGUAUGAAGCAAUUAUAAUUCCUAUAUUUGGUCUCCCUACACCCUUUCAUAUUUCAACAGUAAAGAACGUAAGUUCAAGCAUUGAAGGUGACUAUUCUUACUUAAGAAUAAACUUUUUUUGCCCUGGAAGUUCUUAUGGCCGAGGUGAAGGCAAUAUGUUUCCCAAUCCUGAUGCAACAUUUGUGAAGGAACUUGUUUUUCGAAGUUCAAAUUUAAAAGAACCUGGUGAAAGUCAAGCACCUGCAGCUAAUCUAAACAAUGCAUUUCGCUUAAUUAAAGAUGUCCAAAAAAAAUUUAAAACAAGGGAAGCUGAAGAAAAGGAAAAAGAAGGUGUCAUUAAGCAAGAUGAUCUAAUUAUUCACAAUAGUAAAGGGAAUCCACGCUUAAAAGAUAUGUAUAUAAGACCUUCAAUAACUAGUCGAAAAUGUACAGGAACUCUAGAAGCUCACGUCAAUGGUUUCCGCUAUCAAACAAUUCGUGGUGACAAAGUUGACAUACUUUACAAAAAUAUUAAACAUGCAUUUUUUCAGCCUUGUGAUGGAGAAAUGAUCAUUUUGCUUCACUUUCAUCUAAGGCAUCCCAUAAUCAUUGGUAAAAAAAAGUAUAGAGACAUUCAAUAUUAUACAGAAGUUGGUGAAAUUACAACAGAUCUUGGAAAACAUCAACAUAUGCAUGACAGAGAUGAUCUUCACGCUGAACAAGCUGAAAGAGAGUUAAGACAAAGACUUAAAGCUGCAUUUAAAAGUUUCACCGAUAAAAUUGAAGGUCUUACACAUGGGCAAGUUGAAUUUGAUGUGCCUUUUAGAGAAUUGGGAUUUUCUGGUGUUCCCUUUAAGAGUACUGUCUUGUUGCAACCAACAACUCACUGUGUUGUCAAUUUAACAGAACAGCCACCGUUUAUUGUAACUUUAGAUGAUAUUGAGUUAGUACAUUUUGAACGGGUUCAGCUUCACAUGAAAAAUUUUGACUUAGUAUUUAUCUUCAAAGAUUAUACAAGAAAAGUGGCAAUGGUCAGUGCGAUUCCAAUGACAUCUCUUGAUUCUGUUAAAGAUUGGCUAAACUCAUGUGAUAUUAAGUAUACUGAAGGAAUUCAAAGUUUAAACUGGAUAAAGAUUAUGAAAACCAUCAACACAAAUCCAGAAGAUUUUUUCGAAAAUGGUGGUUGGUCGUUCCUUGAGCCUCAAAGCGAUGAAGAAGACGACGAUGAUGAAAGUGAUGAUGAUGAAGAGUUUAAACCAGAAAGCGAAGAAAGUUUUGACGAAGAUGAAGAAGAUGAUGACGAUGAAUAUGAUUCUGGUGAUGCUGAAUCUGAGUCUGAUUCUGAUUAUGAGGAUGAUUUGGACAGCAACGAAUCAAGCGGAAAAGAUUGGAGUGAUUUAGAAGAACAAGCUAAAAGAGAAGACAGAGAGAAAGAUAUGGAAUCGAGACAAAGUGAUAAAAGCAAUAAACGAAAACGUCCGCAACAAGAAACUCCAACAAAAAAUAAAAAGAAAAAGAAGCAAUAAAUAAUCUUCGUUUGCUUAUAUCCUGUAUUAUAUCUAUCUAAUGUUUUGUACCAUAUAUAAUAUUCUCAUAAUCGAAA